UACAACGCUGCUCGAAGCCUCGCAGCGUCGCAGGAGAGAGAAAAAGGGGCCGAGCUUCCUCCCCAGGGAUCCAUCCCCUUCGCUGUCCCGAACACCAAAAAGGAAAAGAACCCGUCAUGGUCCUCAUCUCCGAGAUCUCCAAGGAAGGAUGUACGAAACUGAAGCAAAGAGAUGGAGUGGAGGACGGAGGUGGAGGGAGCGACGGCGGGAUAGUUCUCGACUCGCAGAAUGCUGUCGCCGAAGUGGCGGAGCUCUUGGUAGAAGGCGGCUCAGUACCGGGUGAGAAUUCGCUUAAGGAAGCUGACAUGUCUGCAGGGAAACCACCCUACAAUGAGUAUGCCCUUCGCGUGGCUUACAUCAUGCGCAGCUACUUACACACGCGGCCAGGCUCGGGUAGCGCCGAUGUUGCUGCAUCUGGGGAGGUAUCAGCCGGCGGCGAUCGGUGCCGAGCAUUGAUGGAGGUGGUGAAGAAGGAGACUGGGAGGUGGUUUGUGUCUACGGUUGUUUUGGAGCAUGCGCACUCGCUUACCCCACCACCUGAUCCUGCUGGCACUGUUGCUGGCAGCAGGCUGGUUCCAGCGGUUGGCAUGGAAUUCGAUUCCAUUUCGAUGGCAAAAGCAUUCUACUACACCUACAGUGAGAAGAUGGGUUUCAAGGCCAGGACAGGCUCUGGUCGGCGUUCAAGGGGUAAUCCAAGUCUGGUGAUGCAGAGGUUUCUGUGCUCCAAGGGAAACUGCCCUCUCUCUGGAAAUUCUGCUGGCCAAAGCAUGGUAAAGAGGAAGAGAGGACCGUACAGAAAGAUUACUUCCAAUACCGGGAAUGACGGCAAUCUGGACAGCGCGGCUGAGGUAUUUCUAGGUGAGACUUGUGCGGAAGAAGCAGGGGUUGCAGGUGAUGAAAUGCGUAUUGAGGGUCAGAGUGGUCAGCCUGAGAAAAUAGAAACCUUUCAAGAGAAGGAUGGGAUGACAAAGCCGUCAGUUUCAGACUCUGAUUUGGGAAGUAAUGUUGCUGCUGUGGGUAUGGAUGGACAGAAGCCACCCUUGGGUGGUAUUCCGGCUCGGCCAUCAAAGCUACUUCUUUUGGUAGGUACCGUGUGACUGAAUUUGUAGCAGACCACAGUCAUCAGCUUGCGUUACCAUUAAAUAUUCAGAUGUUGAAAUCACAGAAGCUUUUAUCGAAUGCUCAACAUAAAAAUCAGCAAAACGCUGAUCUUAUUCCUGCUCAUUAUAAGAACUAUGUACGGGGGAAGCGAAUAAGGAGCAUGAAGGUGGGAGAUGCAGGAACUAUAUUGGAAUACUUGCAAAAGAUGAAAGGAUGUAAUCCAUCUUUCUACUAUGCCAUUCAGGUUGAUGAAGAUGAUAAAAUGACCAAUGUAUUCUGGGCAGAUGCCAGAUCAAUUAUGGAUUACUACUACUUUGGUGAUGUUGUAUGUUUUCAUACGCCUUAUAGAACAAAUGUAUGUGAUAGGCCUCUUGCUUUAUUCAUAGGUGUAAAUCAUCACAAGCAAAUUGUUAUAUUUGGUUCAGCAUUUGUAUAUGACGAGACAGUAGAAACUUUUAAGUGGUUAUUUGAGACUUUCCAGACUGCAGUGGCUGGUAAGCAACCAAAGACCAUCUUCCUGGAUCAAUGCAGAGAGAUUGAUGAUGCAAUAGCUGCUAUUUGGCCAGGCACCAGUCAGCGACUCUGCCCUUGGCAACUAUACCAGCAUGCUUUUAAACAUCUAGGUGAAUUCUUCCAAACCUCAGAAAGCUUUGUGCAUGAUUUCUGCAGAUGCAUCUUUGAUUUUGAGGAGGAAGAGGAGUUUAUGGCUUCAUGGUCGAUAAUGCUUGAGAAAUACAAUCUUAAAGAAAAUGAAUGGCUGAAAAAAAUAUACGAGAAGAAAGAAAAAUGGGCUCCAGCUUAUAGCAGAGAUACAUUUUGUGCUGACCUGCAAACUACUUUACGUAGUGAAUGCUUUAAUGACAUUCUAAAAGAAUGGUUGAACCAGGAAGCGGAUCUAUCUUAUUUCUUUAGGCAAUAUGAAAAACUUCUGGAGGAGAAACGCUAUGCAGAACUGCAAGCUGAUUAUCAUGCGAAUCAAGGCAUACCAAGGAUACCUCAUUUGCGGAUGCUUUGGCAAGCUGCCAAUAUGUAUACGCCUGCAAUGUUUGAGAUCUUUAGAAGUGAAUUUGAAUUGUUCAUGAAUUGUGUUGUUUGCAGCUGUGGUGAGAUUGGCACAUUUUCUGAGUAUGAGGUUACUCUUAAGGGAAAAACGAGAGCUCACUUUGUAAGAUUUGACUCGUUGGAUGGCACAGUCAUAUGUAGCUGCAAAAAGUUUUUUUUUGUUGGGAUUCAGUGCUGUCAUGUACUUAAAGUACUUGAUUUCAGGGAUAUCAAAGAGCUCCCACAGCAGUUUAUUUUAAAGAGGUGGAGGAAGGAUGCGAAGUCUGGAAGCUUAAGGGACAAUCAGGGGCUUGUACUUGAAGAGGACCCAAAUUCAACCAUGACAAAGCGUUACAACUCUUUGUGUCGAAUAUUAUAUAGAAUUGCAGAACGAGCAGCAGAAAAUAUGGAUACAUUUACAGUAAUGGCAGGUCAGUCAGAUCAGCUCAUUGAACAAGUGGAACGAAUUUUGCAGACAAAACUGCUCGAGAAACCUCCUCUUAACAAUGCCUUGAAGGUUCAGGCGCAAAAUCCUGCUGAAAUCCAAAUUUCUCUUGAUGACAACAGUGAAGCCCUAAAGGUUAACUGCAAAAAGAGGAAAGAGGCAGUUGUACGACGCAGACAGCAAGCUGGAUUGCAGGUGAAUAAGAGACAUAAACUGAAUAAAGGGCAAGCUGAAGAGUGUAACGAUGCAGCAAGAGACCUUGAACCGCCUCUGUCAACAACAGAUGUUAUUCCUCAAAUAAGUUCUUCCAAUCAAUUCAUUGCCCAAAGUCACUUUAUGCAGGGGCCUUAUGUUACUAGCCAUCACUUUGGACUUGCCACCGCGCAAGGCUUUCAUGCCAUGACUCAGUUUGGUCAGGACUCUGCUUCUGUUUUACAACAGACUCUCAUUUAA